AUGCCGAGUAAAGGUCAGCAGCAGGACUACUGGAUCAAGGAAAGCAUAAGAGAUAAGAAAUUUGAGGACAAUUAUAAAAUCGGGACGGAACUGGGCAGAGGUGCCACGUCUGUGGUAUAUAAAUGUGAACAUAUUGGGAGCAAAAAGGCCUGGGCUGUGAAGAUCAUCACCAAACAGGUUGAGAGAAAAGUGAUCAUCACAGAAGCAGGAAUCCUGUUCCGAUUGCAACAUUCAAAUGUGAUUGCUUUAAAAGAAAUCUAUGAGACACCUGAAAAGAUUUACCUGGUGCUGGAACUUGUAACUGGGGGUGAACUUUUUGAACGAAUUGUUGCUCGAGGAUCUUACUCCGAGAAAGAUGCUGCCGAAGCUAUGCAUGACAUCAUCAAAGCUUUAAAGUACAUACAUGACAACGGCGUUGUUCACAGGGACAUGAAGCCAGAAAAUUUGCUAUAUGAGAGCAGCAAAGAUGACUCGCCACUUAAAAUAGCUGACUUUGGACUGUCCAAAAUUGUGGACAAUGAUGUGUUGAUGUCUACAGUGUGUGGCACCCCUGGUUAUUGUGCUCCUGAGGUGUUGUUGGGGAAAUCAUACAAUCAGUCAGUGGACAUGUGGAGCUGUGGAGUGAUCUGUUACAUUUUGCUGUGUGGAUAUGAACCCUUCUAUGACAAUAACCAGCAGGAAUUCUAUAAAAAAAUUCUCAAAGCUGACUACCAGUUUGAUUCUCCUUGGUGGGAUGACAUCAGUGAAAAUGCAAAGGAUUUCAUCAGAAAGAUGCUUCAGAAAGACCCCAGGAAAAGGAUUACAGAGGACGAGGCUUUGAGGCAUCCCUGGACAGAAGGGAAAGCAGCCAAGGGAGAGCACAUGCAAGAGGCUCACAAGAAAAUCAAAGAAUUCAAUGCCAAGAGGAGACUUAAAGCUGUGACGGAGACUGUCCUUCUUACUGCAAGAGCAACUCGCCUUCCUGAUGUAGCGUCAUCACAAGCUUCAAAUCCUCUUGCCUCGGUCUUGCUUAACAAUGCCAUGUUUGCGCCACAGCAAACUAUGCCGAGCCAAGAACCGAUGGACUUGUAACACAGCAUCUUACAUCAGGAACAAAUGCUGUUGAUGUCCUAUCCAGGUCAACUCUCUCUUAUAAACAAUGCUGUGCCAGGCCUGUGGUGGACUGGAAACAGCCAUCAACCAGCGUGGAUAAAUUCUUAAGAGAUUUGGAUUUAGUGUAACUUGGGCAAUACAUUUCAAUAGCAGGCUCUUAGAGUCAUUACGCAUAGA